AUGAUGGAAUGCUGAAAGGAAGGAUGCAAAAAUAAAUUCAAAGUUUUUUGCAGAUGUGUGGAACCUGCCUGAUACUCUUGCAAACCCCACAUGCUAAAGCAUAUUCAAUCACCUUCUAUCGUAGAGCACAAGCUUGAACCUUUAGAAUUAAAACCAAAUCAAGAAUAUAAAGAAGCCCUAAUUGAAGAGCUGCAUAAAUUAUCAAAACAAUUGCUUGAAGUAUAGACCCUGUAUUUUAAUAGAUUAUUAUUGGCACGUUUUAAUAUUUAUAAUAAAAUUUUUCCUUUUUAAUUUGAAAAGUCAAAGGAAAAUGCCAAAUUCCGUUUAUGGCUUGAGGUACCUAAUCAGACUUAGACUUGAUAAGGAAGUGCCAUGGACAAUAUUUUUGUGUUCGCUAUGCAGACUGGCCAUACUAACCUAUUAUGGCGCAUAAGCUAUAAAAAGAAAACUUAAUCAAAGACACAUAUAAGAAAAUACAAGAAUUAGAAUUAUCACUUAUUAAACAGCUAAAAAAUAUUGAAAAAAUAAGAUUAAAUCAAGUGGAUCUAAUUAGAAAGAUUUAUUCGGUAAAAAAAUUACCAAAAAUGAAUCAAAAUCCACUUGAAAAGCUAUUAAGCUUAGAUCCAGAUAGUGCCAGAAAAAAGUUGAGUGAGUUUGGGUGCAGUUUUAAUCGUUCAGAUUUUGAACUCAAAGAAAGAUGACAGAAUCGAUAA